ACAUGAGCAGCACCUCUGAACAACAUUACAAACAAACCGGCGAUUUGUAGUCGAAGGAAGUGGGAAAUAUAGAGGUCUGAGACUUCGAGUCGGGUGAAGUGAGUUCUGACAGAGCCGUCAGCGAUCCUAACAAAAGCUGAUCCAUAACCUCGUGAACGGUUUUCGCGAGUUCGAACUACAGCAUGAAGAUCCCAACCUGACGACGGCUAAAAAAGCCGCCAUCGCAACGGCCAACUCGCCUCUGAAGCGGAGGUUGAAAAAGAGACACUUGCAAAUGAUCGCCAUCGGUGGUUCUCUCGGUACAGCUCUUUUUGUGGGUUCAGGUAAAGCUUUGAGAAUUGGCGGUCCCGCUGCCGUACUCAUUGCCUGGUCCAUGACCGGCACUAUGAUCUACUCCGUCGUACAAGCUUUGAGUGAGCUCUGUGUGGUGCCGCCUGUAUCAGGUUCGUACUUUUCCUACAUGUCUGGUUUCCUAGAACCCAGUGCCGGUUUCGCCAUCGCGUUCAACUUUUUGUUGGCAGCACUGGUGACCACGCCCCUAGAGAUUAUUGCCGCUUCGCUGACCGUCAGUUUCUAGGAUGUGGAUAAAAAAUAUACGGACGCGUUCGACACAUCGUUCUUUUGUGUCAUUGUCGGUAUCAACGUCUUCGGUGUUAAAGCCUUCGGUGAGGCCGAGUUUUUGUUUUCGGUUAUCAAGGUCACUGCCAUUCUGGAGUUUAUCAUUCUAGGUAUCGUUUUGAUUUGCGGUGAUGGUCCAAACGACAGAAGAUACAUCAGAGCAAAGUAAUUUUACAACCCGGGCGGGUUUGCACACGGAAUCAAAAGUUUCGCCGCCAUUUUCGUCACAUCUGCGUUCUCCUUCUCCGGAACUGAAAUCUUCACCCUUGCUGCCGCAGAAACUGAAAACCCCAUAAAGUCCAUUCCCAGAGCUGCUAAACAAGUGUUCUGAAGAAUUGCCAUCUUUUACCUGGCUUGUCUAACCCUGAUUGGGUGUUUGAUUCCAUACACAAACAAGCACUUGUUUGCCGCAAACAGCUCGACGCCAAUGCAUCUCCUUUCGUCAUUGCCAUCACUGAAGCCGGAAUUAAGGGCCUGCCCAGUGUCAUCAACGUUGUGAUUCUGGUCGCUGUGCUAUCGGUUGGUAACACUUAUGUUUUAACCGGUGCGCGUGUACCUUUGUCGCUAGUGCACUACGGCUACCUGCCCAAGAAGUUUGAAUACGUUGACAGAAACGGUAGACCAUUGGCCGGUAUCGCACUGUGUGUCCUUUUCUCAUUGCUUUGCUUUUUGGCUGCUUUUCCAAAGAGGAGCGAAGCGUUCAACUGGGGGCCAUUUCUGGUCUGAGUACUCUAUUUACCUGGAUGGCAAUUUGUUUGUGUCACAUUAGAUUCAGAAUGGGCUUGCGUGCUCAGGGCAGAAGUACGGAUGAGCUGGCUUAUACCGCACAGACCGGAGUUUGGGGUUCCAUUUAUGGUAUUGCGUUGAUUAUGAUGGUGCUAUGCUUCCAGUUCUGGGUCGCUCUUUUCCCCAUCGGAGGUAAGCCCAACGCUGAGAAAGUUUUCUCCGCGUAUCUAUCGUUGCCAGUAGUGUUGGUAUUCUACGUUACCCACAGGCUCUACAACAGGAACUGGACCUUUUUGAUUCGCGCUAAAGACUUGGAUCUAGACACAGGAAGAAGAGAGGUGAACAUUGAACAACUAAAGGAGGAGAUCAGAGAGGAAAAGGAGUUCAUUGCCUCCAAGCCACUCUACUACAGAAUUUACAGAUUCUGGUGCUGA